UUUCAGAAUAUUUUUAAUUACUUUCGAACGUGAGGGAGUUUAAGUUACUGAGUAGUUUCAAAAUUUGUAGACCCGAAUUUCCAAGAGGAUGAAUGACCCUUUCAAAGGAACUUCUUUCGUGUUUAUAAUGGCAGUUAUACAGAUUCAAACAGAAGGCGUGAACAUCGGAAAAUGUUCUUUAGGAAGUUUUACUAAUGGAGGGCUAGCCUGUCAACGGGCAAUGAUGAUAGAACUGAAGCAGAAGCCCUUUAUGUCUUGCAGCCUUGGCCGCAGUGAACUGCAAAUAUGCCUUCGUAAACACGUGGAUCGUUGCGUAAAAGACGACAGUGUUCUGAAAGACAUGGCGGAUCAAAUCACCGAUUUCAUGCUCUUGUAUGCGUACAAUUGUGGGGACGAAGAAGUCAAUACCGGUAAUAUUGGCCCAUUCUUGUGGCUCAUCACCAAAUGCGCACCAGAACGUCUGAAGAAAGCUUACGAGUGCUGGAGAGAAUUCCACUCUGUGUUUAGUCAAUCAAGGAAUAACGUUACUAAUGCAUGCAGACCCUACGCCAAAGCGAAAGAGGACUGCAAUACGGUGGCUAGAGCAGCGUGUGAAGGACUCUGCGAUUACUUGAAAAUAGAUGAUUACAACCCCUUCUGUGCUCCCAAUUUCAAAGACCCGGUUAGCGGCACCAACCAGUCAGCUUGCACGGAUCUUCACGCUAAACUGGAAUGCCCCAUCUCGCUUAUUUAUGAAGAGGCCAUGGAAUGUGAAGAUGAAGGAGCUGCUAAAUUUGCCAAUGAAGCUGAUCACACCUGUAGCAAAGAGAAUGAUAGGAACAGAAAAUGCCUCGAAAAUAGACUUGGCACUUGCAGGACAACAAUGAAAAAUAUAGAGGACACACAGAAAGCUCUUCAAGCGACUUUGACUAAUGAGCGCCUGUUUUGCAACAACGUGAGCCUGGACACGAGCGAGCUGCAUCCUAGUGUGUUACCCCUUGUGGAUUGUGAUGACGAGUUCUUUAACGAGGCAGAAAAUUGCGCUAGAACGUUUCGUAAUACCUAUCAAACUUCAACAACGGCGGACCGGCAAAGCGGAGUAACUUGCAGCGUCUAUAUGAAUGAUUAUCAGGAAGCCCGGGAAUGUAUCAACAAUGCUCGAAAAAUUCACUGCAAUUUUCAACAGGAAGUUCUCGACACCACCGCCACCAUAAAUAAUCCCUUCUGUUCUCAUGGCAACACCAAACAUUCAAGUGCAUUGCUCCAGUUGGUUGCCAGCCUUGUGCCGCUCCUUCUCUUUCUUUCAGUAAAAUAAAUGCAUUCCUCUGCCUCUCGUUUGAUGAAACUCGACCAGCGGUUUGUGCACACCCUAAUGAACUUAUGUGAAUAGAGAUAAUGCCAUCGAUAGGAAAACUUAAAGUGUAAAUCUGCUUCGAGACCGCGCGAAACACAAGCCGAAAAAGAUCAGACGCAAAAUAACCUUGAUAGAAUUUACUAUUAAACAAAAAAGAAAGAAAAAAAACAUGAUUUGGGGAAAUUUUCUGCUUAUUCUAGUGCACUCUCUUUGUUUGAAUCUAUAGUUCUUAGCCGUCCGUUAACCUAUGGUCGAAACGUUCGACACAUGAUUGAUCAUUCAAAUUCAUUCAUUUUUGCCUAACUGCUGCUAGGAUGUUCGUUGACACCGUGAGAAAAUGGAGUUCCUUUUGGGUGGAACAUCUCCUUGUAGGCCAUUCGGGAAGUGCCUAAGCACCUAUGAGUGUGUGUACGCGAAUAUUUUAGAAUAUACAAAGAGACUCCGAAUAUCUGACAUCUUACGGCUAACAUAGCAUACCCUAGAACCAUACAUUAAAUACAGUUUGGCACUUUGUGGAAAGACGUCAGUCUAGUAGUACUCUGAGUGAAAUUGUCUGAUAAGUGGCACACAUUAAAUUGACUACAACAGUUUUGUUAAACGUAUUUACUUAAUUUCAAUUAAAUCCUUAUAAGCAAAGAAGAAUCCAAACAGAUCAGAAAAAAAUCACUAUUAGUUGGAAGGGUUGCUUUUCUUCCUACUUUCGUCAUUUGCUCCAUCAAAUGAAUAAAAUUUUUUUUUUUC